CUAUGAAAGCUGAGAAGGGGUGCGAUUGGCCGCCCGUUCCGACAUCAGCCCGUAGUUAAGAUACAAAAUCAUAGGGACUACCCCUCUGGACUCCUACAGUUAACUGCAAGGUGGAGGACCUCAAUUUGCACGAACAUCCCCCGGCGCACUGACGCUCACAGGAUUUACAGCGCUUUUGUGUGUACGAGAAGAGUUCACCAUCGCCACACAGACAGUGCCUGAACUGCAGCCUGAGCCGCUCUCGCCGAGUUGGGUGAUGGUUUCUCACACGACAAGCAAUAUUUUGUGGACUUUCUCUGUAGCGGCAGCCUAGAGAGGAACUCUGAACUUUUUGUCUGGUCUUUGCAGACGGGACUUGAACCGUGAAACAUGGCGAGUUGUCGGCGAGUGUUGGUCCUGCUUCUCGGAUGGAGCUAUCUAUACGUUGGAUAUUGCGCACGGCUGAAAGAGCAUUUCACGGGGCUCUCCAAAGACAUGGAUUUGGGACUUUUAAUGGACGCCCAACACAAGGAUCGCCACAGCACAAAAGCCAAGGACGAUUUAGCUCUACAGGACACGGUGUCCGAACAUAUGCAGAUGCUCUACGCCAAGUAUAACCAGGCAGGAUUCCCUUUCAAGGACGGGAAUACAGUGCGAAGUUUCAGGGCGCAUUUGGGUACAAUCAACAACAAGACUAUCCAGAUCUUCAAUCUAACCUCCCUAACCAAAUCGGAGGAUGUGCUUUCAGCCACGCUUCACUUUUACAUCGGGGACCUCCGCAACAGCACUCACGGGUGCGCACGACCAAAACACUGCCCACGUCACGGUCUGCGGCACCGCGGGCAAGUUCACCUGGGAAUCUGGAGUUUCUCCACCGUGGCCAAUAACACCAGAACUCUCGGCCACUUCCGAAUCAACGUCUCCAGCAUGUACAGGGACUUUACGUCGUGGCAAUGGAAGGACAUUACGCGUGUGGUUACUCAGGCCAAAAGGCACGGCGAGCUCCUCAUAGGUGUUGACAUAGAUUCUCCCUGGAAACAAUCUCUGUCAGAUCACCACACACCUUACAUGUUGGUGUAUGCCAACGACUCUGCCAUAUCUGAACCCGAGAGCGUAGUCUCAACCCUGCAAAGACAUAAAACCCCGACAGUUCCGGGUCUCCAUCGACUGGGACUACAUAACCGGAACGCUUCAACUCACACCAGGACAAGGCGGUCAGCAAACAUUCUGCUGCCAUUACAAAACAACGAACUGCCAGGCCCUGAGUAUCCAUAUGACGUGAACACCUGGGACGAGGCCGGUCCGUAUGACCCCGUGGAGAGCAAGCCUGCCAAGAAGCCGCGUAAAAAGCCCCGUAAAAACCACCGACACAAGAACCCUUUGCUGCAGUUCGACGAACAGACCAUCAAGAAGGCGCGCAAGAAGCAAUGGAAUGAGCCGCGCAAUUGUGCGCGCAGGUAUCUGAAGGUGGACUUCGCAGACAUUGGAUGGAGCGACUGGAUUAUCUCCCCAAAGUCAUUUGAUGCCUACUACUGCGCAGGCUCAUGCCAGUUCCCCAUGCCAAAGUCUCUGAAGCCCUCCAACCACGCCACCAUCCAGAGCAUAGUGAGGGCGGUGGGGGUGGUGCCAGGCAUCCCUGAGCCGUGCUGCGUCCCGGAGAAGAUGUCGUCCCUCAGCAUCCUCUUCCUGGACGAGGACAAGAACGUGGUGUUGCGCGUCUACCCCAACAUGACCGUGGACUCCUGCGCCUGCAGAUAAUGGGGACUCGAUGACGCCAUCCAGCCAGCAUCACCAUCAACACCACCUCCACCACGACCGGCACCAACACCAUGCCAACCUCUCCCAAAGCCUCUGUUCCUUUCCAUCCCCCUUCUUUUCCUCUGUGGAAAUGCGCUUUAGCCCCCCCUUGCUCCC